UGAAUUGUGUUUCUUUUUUGUUUUGUAGUGUUUGUUUCGUCGUUAGAGUAAAAAUUGCUCUUUAAAGCUAAAGAGCUCUGAAUCCUUAAUUCGAUUACAUGACGGGAAUGUUAAACUAUGAAUAUUUUGUGGAAUAUUAUCAUACAAUUAUAUGUAUUUUUGCUCUUUCUUUUUCCAUAUUAAUAUUUAUAUUGUAUUAUCAUGGAGUCUUUUAUAAAGUAGAGGUGAAAACAGCACGGCCACCUUUUACCAAAGACACUUUUGUAGUUUAUAAAUUCACACAAAAUUACACUGAAUCUAGAGAUUUGCUAACUGAAGUACAAAAUAUAGCGCCGGAUUUUGAUUCCUUUUCAAUUUAUCAUGAAAAUUUUUAUCAAACCAGAAGUCAAGUAGGAUCUUCUGUUGGGGUGGUUUUGCCAGAAAAUAUUGAAGAAAAUUUAUAUCGCAAGCUAAUUCAAGCAGGUUAUAAAGUUGCUAUAUUCCCAGCCAUAGAUUUUGCUGUCGUUGCAUCAUUUCCAUACAAAAAUCAAUAUUCCUUGGUCAUUGCAGUUUACAGAACUUAUCCUAGACUAAAGCAAUAUAUAAAGGCCUACAGACUUUGUGCACACCCUAUCAUGGAACUUUAUACCAAAGAUACAGUCUUCUUUAUUGCUCCACUGUCAAAGCAGUUUGACUUUUAUGCAGAAGAAGCCAUUCCAGAGUAUGAAGAGAGUACCUCUGAAGAAGAAAAUGAAUUUUCUGAUGACUUAGAAUAUUCCAAAAGUCGUUAUCAUCACAGUUCAUUGAAAAGUCAAUGCUACUGUGAUCCAUUUUUACAUUCUUCAUCUUGCGAUAGGCGCAAGCGAGCCUUGCUAUUAAUACACUCAUGUCCAAAAUUAUCUUUACUUGCAUAACAUCAUGGAUUUCUCAGAAACUGUGAACUGUAUAAAUUUGUGUGGAAUGCUACAUAACAUCAUAGUGCAUAAAUACAAAGGAAAAAAUUUUAAAACUUUGCAUUUGAUAUAAAACUGUAGCAUCAAACUAUAAAAAUGGUGAUAAUGUGUUAUAAGGAGAGUUGAGAAGCAAAAAGAAGAAAGCAUAAGUCGGAAAAAAUUAGGGCUAAUAAAUUUAAUGUUUAAUGUGAUCACCUCUGACUUCUACUCACAUAUCACAGCAUGUUUUCAGGCUGAGGACCAUCACACCUUCAUUACCAAAAUGGUCACUUCCCAUAACAUUCAAAGGAAAAUUUCACGUUCCUAAUUUCUUCUAGAUGUAAACAUAUGUAAAAUCAGAUAUUCUAAACUUUGGCUCAUCAGUAAUGUGGACAUGGGACUAUUUGUGUGCACUCCAGUUUUGAUGUUCUCUGCACCAAUUAAAGUGAUCUCUCUUUUGUUGUAAAAACAGCAAAAUGUAUACUCUAAGCUAUAAUAUACAUAAAUUAUGAAUGUCUUGACUUAUGUUUUUUUCCUAAAGUGCGGAAAUUUCUAGAGUUUUGUUAAUUUAAGUCUAAUGGGGCAGCCAGACAUAUAUUCUAAAGUUUUAGAUAAGUUACUUUCAAAUAGAUUGUAUCUUCUAGAUGUAAACACAUGUAAAAUCAGAUAUUCUAAACUUUGGCUCAUCAGUAAAGUGGACAUGGGACUAUUUGUGUGCACUCCAGUUUUGAUGUUCUCUGCACCAAUUAAAGUGAUCUCUCUUUUGUUGUAAAAACAAUGUAUACUCUAAGCAAAAUGUAUACUCUAAGCUAUAAUAUACAUAUAUUAUGAAUGUCUUGACUUAUGUUUUUUUCCUAAAGUGCGGAAAUUUCUAGAGUUUUGUUAAUUUAAGUCUAAUGGGGCAGCCAGACAUAUAUUCUAAAGUUUUAGAUAAGUUACUUUCAAAUAGAUUGUAUUAUUUUUUUUAGAAUAGUUUUGCAUCAUCAAAACAGUAUGAGUUUACACUAGGCCGCUCUGUGGAAAAGGCUGCUUAUGAUCUAGUUAUUAUUAUUAGCUCGCAGAAGUUCCAUGUAGCUCCUUCAAUGUCUCAGGAGCCUUUGAUACCUAAUAGAUGAGAGUCUUUGUUCUCCAUCUGAUGAAAUUCUGAUAUCCCCAAAAAUAUCUGCAGAAUCUUUCUUAGUUAUUUUAAUAAAAGGUUAUUAAAUUUGCAAGUUAGGAUAUUUGUAUUGAAAGAAUGGUUUGCAAAGAAUACCCACAGAUUUCUGCUCUGCUACUUUGGAACUCCAUAAUGUAUGGACUGUUAAAGAAAGUGUCCAGAUGGUAUAAGAAUGCUUUAUUAUGCAGAUGACAUUUCCAUCUUAUUCUUUGCUUCAAAUUGUACAGCUAUCGAAGUGCUAUAUGUGCUGCAGAGCAGAUAUAGAAUAACCUUUUUGAAAUAUGUGCUAAAUUUUCUGAACAGCAGUCAGAUAUUCAAGAAUUGUUUUAAUAUUUUAACAUAAAUUCUGCUAUGUGUGAAAGAUUAUGGGAGAGCAUAUCUGUAGAUAUUUUACAAAAUCUUGGCAUAAUUUAUGGCCAAUUACUAUAUUUCAUGAUAGUAUGGUGAUGAUAGCUGUGAAUAUGAAAGUUUUUAGAUAUCAUAAGUAAAAGGUGAAGUAAUAAAUAGUGAAAUCAGUUGUAGGAUUUUUGAUCCAAAAAAUAUUGCAACAGAUAGGGGAAAAGUGAUGGAGAAGUUUUUGAGAAUGAAAAGAUUUCAACUGACAGUUUAUUGAGAAUUCACAACAUUGCAAUUAUAGCAUUUGAACAGUAGAACUUUGUAACUGAACAAGAAAUUUAUGUCUGUCUAUAAAAUUAAAGUAUUAGCACAACAAUCAAAACGGUUUAAAGAACUUGUUGAUUAUUAUAGACACAUGUUACAAAAAUUUCAGUGGACUGUAUUUUAAAAUCACUUUAUUUACUUUCAUUUUGAAAACACUCACUACACUUUUCAACUCUAUUCUUUCAAAUUGUUAGAAUCCAAAAUUUAAAAUUAAAAUCGCUUAUGAUUUCGAUGACAACUUAAAUCGUUUUCUUCUUGAUCACGCUGCCACAAUAGCGCUUAUAAUUAGGUACGGAAUGGAACUUGUAUUGAAAGAAAUGUAUAAUGAAAGAAAUAAAUAUUGAGCUUUUUUUCUAAAUUAUGAUUUCUUUAAGUUUACAAAUGCUUCAUUAUUUCAUAUUUUUAAUAUUAUACUUGCUG